AUGCACGAACACCUUUCAUCAACAGUGCACUGCGGCGACAGCGGAUAUGCCUCUCGCAACCUCACUCCCAGACCACUCCGUGGCGUCGUUCUGAGCGCUACGGGCCUUAGCACUACUGAUAAGGGGGCUUUAUUUGAACAAGCCACCGAACUUGGCGCCUGUACUGUGGCGCCGUUCACUGCCAGAGUCACCCGUCUCAUCGCAGACGCCCAUGGCGGGCCAAAGUACAUGUGCGCCGUUGGGCGCGGGAACCCGGUCGUCCGGCCGUCGUGGAUAAUGGAGUGCUAUCAACUCUGGAUGCGCGGGGACGCCGUGGAUGUGGCAGAGAUGACGCGUAAACAUCGCCUACCUACGUUCGAGGACGUUGUUCUAUGCCCCACGGGGAUCGACGCUGCCCGCCGCGCUUAG